UAUUCAAAAAUAAAUGCCAAUUAAAGAAUUUGCAAGUUUUAUCAAACCGAAAUAAAGCAAACAAAGCAAAGAACCAAAACGAGUGAAAGAAAUGGCGACAGAAACCGGAGACGAGGCGAUGACAAUGGAAUCGGAGGCAGUGAGAGCAACCACUGCAACUUCUUCUACUAAAACCCCAAGGCUUUUCAUUAAAGAAAUGGUCAUGCGAAACUUUAAAUCGUACGCCGGUGAACAGCGCGUUGGUCCUUUCCACAAGAGUUUUUCGGCAGUGGUUGGGCCGAAUGGAAGUGGCAAAAGCAAUGUGAUAGAUGCGAUGCUUUUCGUUUUCGGAAAGAGAGCAAAGCAGAUGAGACUUAAUAAAGUAUCUGAGCUUAUUCACAAUUCCACAAAUCACCAAAAUCUGGACAGUGCUGGUGUUUCCGUUCAUUUCCAGGAGAUCAUUGACCUGGAUGAUGGUAAUUAUGAAGUUGUUCCAGGGAGUGAGUUUGUUAUCACUCGGGUUGCUUUACGUGAUAACUCAUCCAAGUAUUAUAUUAACGACCGCGGAAGUAAUUUUACCGAGGUCACCAAGAAACUCAAAGGAAAAGGGGUUGACCUGGACAAUAACCGUUUUCUGAUUCUUCAGGGUGAAGUCGAGCAGAUUUCGCUGAUGAAGCCCAAAGCACAAGGGCCCCAUGAUGAAGGUUUUCUCGAAUACUUAGAAGACAUCAUCGGAACUGAUAAAUAUGUUGAAAAGAUUGAAGAAUCAGCCAAGGAGCUAGAAUCUCUAAAUGAGAAAAGGUCUGGGGUUGUGCAGAUGGUUAAACUAGCAGAGAAAGAACGAGACGGCUUGGAGGAUGUGAAGAAUGAAGCAGAGUCCUUUAUGCUUAAAGAGUUAUCGCUUUUGAAAUGGCAAGAGAAAGCUACAAAUUUAGCUCAUGAGGAUAAUAGUGUCAAGAUGGUUGAAAUGCAAACAAAUGUAUCUAACCUAGAAGAAAACUUAAAGGCUGAAAGGGAGAAAAUUCAAGAAAGUCACAAAUCUUUGAAAGAGCUUGAGGCUGUGCACAAAAUAUAUGUCAAAAGACAAGAGGAACUUGACAUUGAUCUUAGAAAUUGUAAAGAGGAGUUUAAGGAGUUUGAAAGGCAGGAUGUUAAAUAUCGGGAGGACUUAAAGCACAAGAAGCAAAAGGUCAAGAAACUUGAAGAUAAACUUCAGAAGGACUCGACAAAGAUUGAUGACUUGACAAAGGACUGUGAGGACUCAACUAAUAUGAUUCCAAAACUUGAGGAGGAUAUUCCAAAACUGCAAAAACUCUUGGUAGAUGAGGAAAGAGUAUUAGAAGAUAUAAUAGAGAAUUCCAAAGUCGAAACUGAAAAACAUCGCUCUGAGCUUGUUAAGGUCCGUGCUGAAUUAGAACCUUGGGAAAUACAACUUAUUGAUCACAGGGGAAAGCUUGAAGUUGCGUGUACUGAAAGCAAGCUUUUGAGUGAAAAGCAUGAAGCUAGUCAUGCAGCUUUUGAAGAUUCACAAAAGCAGAUGGGUAAUAUAUUGGGAAGAAUUGAAAAUAAAUCUGCAAGCAUUGAAAAACUACGAAAUGAUGUGGAAAAGCACAAGCAUGAAGCAUCGGAAGCUCGUAAAGUGGAACAAGAAUGCACAAAAGAACAAGAAGCUCUAAUUCCUGAAGAACAAGCUGCAAGACAGAAGGUUGCAGAACUUAAAUCCGUAGCUGAAUCUGAGAAAAGUCAGGGCUCAGUUAUGAGAGCAAUUUUGCAGGCCAAGGAGUCCAAUAAAAUCGAGGGAAUUUAUGGCCGAAUGGGAGAUUUAGGAGCUAUUGAUGCAAAAUACGAUGUGGCUAUAUCUACAGCAUGUGCUGGACUUGAUUACAUUGUGGUGGAGACAACUGCUGCAGCCCAAGCUUGUGUUGAGCUGCUAAGAAGAGAGAAUCUCGGAGUUUCGACUUUCAUGAUAUUGGAAAAGCAAGUUGAUCUUUUACCCAAGAUGAAGUCUAAAGUAAAUACUCCUGAUGGAGUUCCACGCCUUUUUGAUUUGGUCAGAGUUCAGGACGAAAGGAUGAAGCUUGCAUUCUAUGCUGCUCUGGGUAACACUGUCGUAGCAAACAAUCUGGAUCAGGCAACACGAAUUGCAUAUGGUGGAAACAUGGAAUUCCGGCGUGUGGUUACUCUUGACGGUGCACUUUUUGAAAAAUCUGGUACAAUGAGCGGUGGGGGAAGCAAGCCACGUGGUGGAAAAAUGGGCACAUCUAUUCGAGCCACCAGUGUUUCUGCAGAAGCUGUUGCAAAUGCUGAGAAGGAGCUCUCCACUUUGGCUGGAAAGUUAAAUUACAUUCGCCAGAGAGUAGUUGAUGCUGUAAGAAAUUACCAAGUCUCAGAAAAAGCAAUUGCACACCUAGAGAUGGAAUUGGCUAAAAGUCAAAAAGAGAUUGACAGUUUGAAGUCUGAACAUAGUUAUCUUGAAAAGCAACUUGGCUCGCUAGAGGCUGCAUCACGACCAAAGAAGGACGAGCUUGACAGGCUUAAGGAGCUGAAGAAAAUUAUAUGUUCAGAAGAAAAAGAGAUUGACAGACUUACACAAGGGUCUAAAAACCUCAAGGGGAAGGCCUUGGAACUUCAGAAUAAAAUAGAAAAUGCUGGUGGUGAAACUCUAAAAGCACAGAAGACAAAAGUCAAGAAGAUUCAGUCUGAUAUUGACAAAACAAGCACAGAAAUUAACCGUCACAAGGUUCAAAUCGAGACAAAUCAGAAAAUGGUAAAGAAGUUAACUAAAGGCAUUGAGGACUCCAAAAAGGAAAAGGAUCGACUUGUUGAGGAGAAGGAAAAACUGAAAAGUGUAUUCAAAGAAAUAGAGGAAAAAGCUUUUGCGGUUCAAGAGAAUUACAAAAAGACACAGCAGCUAAUUGAUAAACAUAAACAAGAGUUGGAUAAAGCAAAAUCCGAGUAUGAAACUGUGAAGAAAGUCGUUGAUGAGCUGAGGGCAUCAGAGGUUGAUGCCGACUACAAGUUACAAGAUAUGAAGAAGUGCUACAAGGAGUUCGAACUAAAGGGAAAGAAUUACAAGAAAAAGCUUGAUGACCUGCAAAUUGCUCUUACACGACAUAUGGAGCAAAUUCAGAAAGAUCUAGUAGACUCUGAAAAGCUUCAAGCAACCUUGGCAGAUGACGCUCUUGCAAAAGCCUGUGACCUCAAAAGGGCAGUGGAAACUGUAGCAUUGUUGGAAGCACAGCUCAAAGAGAUGAAUCCAAAUCUGGACUCAAUCUCAGAAUAUCGAGUAAAGGUUUCAUCAUAUAAUGCACGAGUUGAGGAGUUGAAUAUGGUCACUCAACAACGAGAUGAUCUAAAAAAACAGCAUGACGAGUGGCGAAAAAAAAGGCUAGAUGAGUUCAUGGCUGGAUUUAAUACAAUAUCCUUGAAGUUGAAGGAAAUGUAUCAGAUGAUUACACUCGGAGGAGAUGCAGAACUUGAGCUGGUGGAUUCUUUGGAUCCCUUUUCAGAAGGAGUUGUCUUCAGUGUCAGACCGCCUAAGAAGAGCUGGAAGAACAUUGCCAACUUAUCUGGUGGUGAAAAGACUCUUAGCUCAUUGUCUCUUGUGUUUGCACUCCAUCACUACAAGCCAACACCUCUAUAUGUAAUGGACGAAAUUGAUGCUGCUCUAGAUUUCAAGAAUGUUUCUAUCGUGGGACAUUACGUGAAAGACCGAACUAAGGAUGCACAAUUCAUAAUCAUCAGCCUUAGAAACAACAUGUUUGAGUUGGCUGAUCGACUCGUCGGAAUCUACAAAACCGACAACUGCACAAAGAGCAUUACAAUCAAUCCAGGCAGUUUUGUGGUUUGCGGAAAUGCUGCUUAAUUACUUCUCGAUUUAUAAUUUAUUAUGCUAAGUAUGAUACUUCGCCAUUGUCGCUCCUCUUGUACAGGCCUGAUUGCAAAUAUCAACUCGAAAUUUAUUCUGGAACUUUACAUUUUUAUUUUGAAGAAUUACUGUGCCAAGUACUAGUGCACAUGGAUUGUGGCUCGGACUGGUUUAUUUUGUAGAUGCCUUGAUAUGACUAUGAUUGCUCAUUUCCUUUUAACAA